UAAUUUUGCUUAAAAAGAUAUUGGAGCAAAUUAUCUUUUAAUUGUAAAAAAUAUUAGUUAGAUUUUACAUGGAAGAAAAAAGAAGUUACAUUCGAUACACUGCUACAUUUUCAAUUAUGAAAAAUCGUGAAAUGUUACUUUGGUGGAUAGUUUUGCUUCUUAAAAUUAAAUAUUCUGCUUUGCAAAGUAUAGUUAUAUCAAAAAACUUUUCUAGUGCUUUGCCAGUGCUACCUAGUGUUCUAAUAUAUGGAAAAGAUUAUGUCACAAUCAAUACAGGAACAUUUGAUCUUUCUAAUGUUAAUGGACCUACUGAUGGAGACCAAGGAACUUUUUAUGCUGGCCCUGAAAACUGUACUAAUUAUCGAUUUAUCUUCCCUCCAAAUAACUAUUUUUGUUCUAACCAACUUAAUGGUGACAUUUAUUUAACUAACUGGUAUACUGUGCGACCUCCAAAGUAUAACUCAACAUAUACUAUUACUAUAAAUUUAAAUAACGGAACUCAAGCAAUAGUUCAGUAUGUAUUGACAGUCCAACUUUUGUUACCAACUUGUUUUACGUCAAAAUCUUUGAGUUACAUACUAAAUCCGUUUGGUUCAAGUGUUUGUAGUAGUUUUAUAAAUUCAGCUGCAUUAUCCCAAACAACUACUCUUCCAAAUGUUACAUUUAAUUUAAAUAUUAUAAAAGAGAUGUUAAAUAUUGUUGGUUUCAGAGUUUUUAUUCCUUCACAAAGUAUUAAUAUUAGUCUAAAUCCCACACUUGUUAUAAAGAUUGUAGAUAAAAUGAAUAAUGAAUUCUUAUUUAAUCAAACAAUAUUGGAUUUUAAAUUAGUUCAAAAUGUGUCUACUCCUUUAAAUUAUAUAUAUAGUGUUGGAGAUACCUUAAAAGUGACUUUGAACAUAAUAACUUCAACGGAAACUUUACCAGUUCCUUCUAGAAGUACAGUCAUAGUUGCAUUUAUUACUGACUGGUCUUUGUGUUCGUCUAUGAAUAAACAAUGUUUACAAUCAUAUUUUAAAUUCAAUAGAACAUACUCCUCUUGUGGCAUACCUGAUCCUGACUUUCUUUACAUAUACAAUAAAUGUUUUGAUUUUAUAUUUUCUCCUUUGAUGAAUUCUACUAUUGUAGCUAAAGCAAGUUCAGUAUCAAGCAUUCCUAGAUGUCAAUUAAUAUCACAAAUUUCUACUGUUUCUAUUACAAAGGAAGAUAUAUUUUGGAUUAAAGAUGGAGUAUUAAGAAUUAAUGCAACUGACAAUCCAAGUCCAUCGCAAGCUGCUGGAAUACUAACUUUAUUGUUUCCUGUUUUACAAAUCAAUAAAACUACUUUAUCUGAUAGUGGAGUUUACCAAUGUGCAGUUCAAGCUGUAGACCAAAUGGUGCAACCAGUGUUUUCAGAUAAAAUUAUAGUCAAAGUUUUGGCCCAAACUGUUGUGUUUGUAUCACAAAUUCAAUUUCAAAACAUAAAUAAUUAUGCCUCAUUAUUUAACUGCAAAUAUAAUGCUGAUGAGGAUCUUUCUGCUUUUUCGUAUUGGUUACUCAAUGGAAAUAUAAAGUUUGAAACAUUUAAUUCAUAUAAAAAUCGAAAUUUUCAAUAUAAUGUAUUGCCAAUUCAGAUUGGUCAAUAUGAAGUACCGCCACUUCAAAUUGUGAACUACAACAUGGUUGGGUCAUACCAAUGUGUUAUAUUUAAUAAUAAAACAAUGGAUCGAGAAUUUAAGUCAGAUGCUUUUGUUAUUCCGAAACAACCAGAACCAAUGUUUUUGAACAAACCUAUACUGACUACUUCAAGUUUGGUUUACAUAAAUAUCAUUGGAUGUAGUUUUGAUACCUACUAUGCGCUUAACUAUGAAGAUGUUUUCUUUAUUAAAGAUGACUCAAUUAAAAUAUAUACAGCUGCUAAUUUGGCUAGUAAUAUAGAAUAUUUCAAUCCACCAUAUACGUAUAAAAUGAAUAAUCUAGCAAUAGAAGGUGUAACAUAUUAUGACCAAGGUUAUUAUCAAUGUGCAAUAAACAUAAAUGGGUAUUCUUUAAAAGAAAUUAGAAGUGCCCAAGUUGAUGUUCUGCUUCCAUAUACUUCAAAUACAAAAAUUUUUUUAAAGUUAAAUGAAGUUUGGAAAUCAGAAUAUUUAAACCAAUCAUCAGCAGCUUUCAUAGAACUAAAAAAUACUGUUGAAAUAAAGAUAAAACAAGUGGUUCUAACAGUUACAAAAAAUGUAACAGGAAGUUCUCUUGGAACAAUUGUCCAAAUUACAGAGAUGAGACCUGGAAGCGUAUAUGUAACAUCAAGGUUAACUUUUACAGGUGUCAAUGAUUCAAUUAAACUGCAAAUUUAUAAUGCAUUUCUACAAAGUAGUGUAAUAGAUUCAUUUAAACAACUAAAUGUGCUAAAUGCUCAGUUAACUAGUUUAGACUAUUGUCCACAGAGUGUUUUUGGUGAGGCAAAUUAUAAAGGAGAAUAUAUAUUUGAAGUAACAGGUGUUGAUCAAUUUGUUACUAAAAAUUGUACUUAUCAAACUAAAGGAGUUUUUUAUAGAAAAUGCAUUGGGAAUCUUAAAGAUGGACCAGCCUGGGACACUCCUGAUUUAUCACCAUGUGAUCCAAAAACUCAAACAACGAAGAUUUUAGAGUAUUUAAGCAAGCAAAAGAUCUGUGUAGACAGUUCAAUGAUAAACUGUUCACUAAUAAAUGUUGUAUCGAAGAAUCUUAGUGAUGCUGUUGCGAAUGGAUCUGCAAUAACUAAUUACCACGAUGUCAAUUUUAUUUCUAAAGUUUUAGAGAUAAUUGUUAGCAUGUUUCCUAAUGCUACUGGUGCAUCAAUGCAGGUUUUUAUAGACGUUUUAAAAACAAUUGAUGUUGUCCUAGAAUCAAAUGGAACAUAUAUUGCAGAAUCACAAAUUAAAACAUCUUCUUCAACAAGUAUUUUGAACACUCUUACAGAGUUUGCGUUAAUUUAUUCUAAACAACUUAGUAAUCCCAUUUCUAUUGGUAAAAGAAAUAUUGGAUUCUAUAUUGGUAAAGUAAAAAAAAGUUACCUAAUAAUUUCAGCGCAUCAGUUACCAAACAACAGUGUUGAAAUAAGUUUUAACAGCAUUGCUGAUUUUUCUAAUAAAACAUAUGCAGUCAUGAAAUUACCUAGUGAUGUUUUUAGCAAUGAAAAUGAAGUUGUUUAUUCAUAUUUCUUUCGCUAUGAUUCUUUUUUAUUAAAUGAGGAUAAUUUAUUAAAGCUUGCAGAAAAAAAUACUUCCAAUAAAAGUUUUCUUCAAAGUACAAUCCUAUCUGCAACUGUUGCAAAUAAAAAUGUUUCUAAUCUGAGUAAUCCAAUUAUUUUAACAUUUAAAAAAAUGCAUCAUCAGGAUCUGGGUACCAGCAGUUGUAAUUAUUGGGAUAAAAACUUUGAAACUGAAUUUCAAAAUGUUUAUGGAAAGUGGUUAACAAAUGGUUGCUAUGAAUAUAGAGAUGGAGUUAAUACAGAUGAUUAUUUUUCAUGUGCUUGCAAUCAUCUCACCAACUUUGCUCUUGCGCUCGAUGUUAACCAAAAGUUUGAUAAUCCAUUAGCUUUAGCAAUAGUUACAUAUAUUGGUUGUGGAAUUUCAUUGGUUGGACUAUUUCUUACUUUGCUUACAUUUGCUUUGUUUCGUAAACUUCGACAAAAGCUUCCUCAAAAAAUUUUGAUAUGUUUUUGUGUCUCUUUAAUGGGUUUUCUACUUGUGUUUUUGGUUGGAGCGGAAAAAGCAUCACCUAGACUCGGUUGUCAAAUUAUUUCGGCAUUAAUACAUUAUUUCAUAUUAUCAACAUUUUGUUGGAUGUUGGUCGAAGCUUUUAACUUGUAUCGUUCGUUUAUUGUUAUUUUCAAGAAAAGUAAUGACUCGAGUGUUUUUAGAAACGCCAACUUUUUUGCAUGGGGAGUUCCUGGUGUUAUUGUUAUUAUCACUGGAGUUUUGAAACCAGAUCAACUGGGUAAUAAUAAAGUAUGCGUAGUUCAGGGGUAUCCUUUUUAUUUUGCUGUUCUUCUUCCUGUUUGUUUAAUUUUGUUGGUGAACUUCAUUGUGUUGAUAUCUACAAUGUUCAGUUUGUCAAAAAGAGUCGUUACUACAAAUAAAAUUCCAGAAAAGUAUUAUUAUUUGACACAAGCAAGAAUUGGAUUUAUGUGUUCUACUCUUCUUGGUUCAUCGUGGUUAUUUGGUGUUUUAGCCGUUGGAGAUUUAUCAACAGUCUUUCAGUGGCUGUUUUGCAUUUCAACCUCGUUACAAGGAUUUUUUAUAUUUGUGUUUUAUAUGUUGAGAAAUAAUGAAGUAUUUGUUGAGUGGCGCCAUUUUUUCCUACGCUUUUGGGAAUACGAUACUUCGUUAUCCAAUGCGCAGUCAAUCAAUGGUCAGAGUCAAGUGCAAAGUGACGGAUCUUUAUCUUCAAAUAUCCAAUUGAAUCAAAUACAAUAGUAAACAGAUAAUAUCUUCUAUUUAGUUGGUUACUUUAAAAUUUUGUUAAACAAUUCGGUUAGUUUUAUGCUAUUAUUUUUUCCAGUAUCAAAUUCAAAUUUUAGUGCUUGAAUUCAA